AUGAGAUUCUCCGACUCGACCCUAGCUGUCCUAGCUGCAGUCACAGGCAUCGCAGUCCCAGCUACCGCCACACCCAUCUCUCGGGCCCCUGCCGACAUCAGACAGAACACUACUGAUGUCCACGAAGCCCCCUCAAAGCAGCCAUAUGCAUCUCAAACCCAAAAUAUCCCCUCAAACGCCACGCUACCCCAGAACACCACCACAGCCGCAUCCGUCAACGUAGCAACACCACCCACAAGCCAGCCCUUCGAACCCGACGAAAAAGACCCUCUAGGGCUCAAGGAUCCGCUAGGGUUGAAAGACCCGUUCGGCUUGAAGGACCCCCUGGGGCUGAACGAUCCCUUCGGCACGGGCGACAGCCACUGUUUUUCUUACAUGAAAUCAGGUACCGGUACCCUGAAGUCAAGCGAGGGCAACAAGAGUGACUAG